AUGGAUGUAGAGAUUCAGAACACACCUGGAAAGAUAAGUAUCUCUAAAAGGUCCAUCCUUUCAGGAACUGUUGAGAAUAUAGAUUACCCACACUAUUGUGAUCUCUUAAGAAAAAUGAACAUGCCUUUUGUGAAAGGUCUUGAGAACAGACAUAACUAUGGCAGAUUUGAAAAUAAAUGCAACCCUGCUUUUCUUAAAUUUCACCCUUAUCCCCCUUCAGUCUUGCCAGACUAUCAUUUACAUUACCCUUAUCCUCCACCAUAUGGGCCACGUUAUCCAUUAUUUCCACUUCGGGAUGAUGUGACCUUAGGUGAUUCCUGUUCAGGGUUUAUGAGUCCUGGUGGUGAUGCUGAUUUAAAUCCUGGCAUUGGCAGAACCAUACCAACCCUAGUGGAUUUUAGUGAUGUGAAACCUCAACAUCGAGUUCCCAGACCAGAUACAGGAUUUCAAACAACAAUAAAAAGGCAAAAAAUUCUAUCAGAAGAACUGCAACAGAACAGGAGAUGGAAUUCCAGAGAAGCACCAGACAUUUCUAUCAGAGCAAGACUUGGAGGUUGGACAAGCCCACUGAAAGUUACCCCUUUACAACCUCAACAUGAAGGACGCUCAUUAAGACACAUGUUUACAUUUGAUGAGGAGGCAACAUGUACAGUUGAAGGUGAACCACUUGUUCAACCAAACAAGAAAUGUAAUGCAAAGGACUCAUUUUACAAAUCCUCUACACAAAAAGCUUAUGAAGAUGUUCCUUGGGAUAAAAUGCUACCACGAAAACUUGAUCCAGAAGAAACAACUUUGGAAAAAGCUGCUGACCCCAUCUCACAAUGUUUUACUCUGAAAAGAUACGAAAGGGUGCCAGCAAUAACUCAGGUGGUUGGUGACCUCUGGGACAGAUUUCAAACCAGAUCUUUCUUGGCACCAGUCAAACCAAUUAAUUUUGUGAGUUCAAGUUCUCGAAGUAAAUAUGUUCCUCUCUAUACUGGUCAUGUGCAGUCUGCAAAUGCUGAUGAUGUUGACAACCCCUUGGGAGACCUCUUAUCCCUAGCCAAGCCGCGGUGCUCUAAGCCUCUGUAUACAAACACAAGUUG